AUGCAGAACCAAGAAGUUGAAGAACCUAGGCGAGAUUGGGUUGCUCCAACCGAGAGAGACAUCUCCUUCCAAGGUCUGCCACGCGAGCACGAGUCCCUGCUCAAGGAGACUUUGUAUCCCGAUGAUGCUUACAAGGCAACGACCUACUGGGCCGACCUACCUGCUGGAGAACGGACGAAAUGGGUGAACAACCAACAUAGCUCGGAGGCCAAGCGAGAACUGAGUGAAGUCUGGCGAAUGUUCAAGGCUGAUCCUCUGGAUCCAAUCAACCGAUAUCUCCACAACUAUGCUGUCACCGGCGUCGGAUUCUUUACUGAAGGCUAUGUCUUGUUCUCAGUGGGGAAUGUUUUACCUCUCUUGGAAGUCGUGUGGCCUCAGUGCUUCAAGAAGUAUUCAGUCUGCGACAAAACCAUGGUCCAGGCCAUCAGCUACAUGGAGAUUCUGGGUAUCAUCUGUGGGCAGAUCCUGGUUGGUAUCAUUGGUGAUUGGGUCGGUCGGCGAUGGGGCUUGAUUCAAGAUGCCCUCAUUAUGUUGACCGGAACCAUUCUUCUGACAUCGAUGUGGGGCGUUACGCUGUCCGGGUGGACAGUCAUGUAUGGAAUCAGCCUCUUCUGGUUCUCGAUUGGAGUUGGUGGCGAGUAUCCCAUGACCUCGUCUACCGCUAUGGAAGGUAUCCAUGGCCAGGCAACCUCAAGGAAUGACCGAUUGCACCGAGGUCGAUCUGUGGCAUUGGCCUUCUUGAUGCAAGGCUGGGGACAACUAGGAAACCAGCUGGUGCUUAUCGUGGUUAUGCUCAUCUUCAACCACAGUCUCAACCCCGGCUACGGCAAAACCGCAGCACAAGCGACCUUUCGAAUCUCCUUCGGUAUUGCCGCACUCUGCCUCCUUUACUUUUUGUACCUUCGUGUGUACAAGCUGAAAGGCGUGGACGCGUCUCUGAAAGCCUCGAGAAAGAAAGGUCAAGUGACUGGAUAUGACGUGACGUCCUUGAAACUCACCAUGAAUCACUAUUGGCACCGACUUCUAGCCACGAGCUUAUGUUGGUUCUGCAACGACUUUCCUUUCUACGGCAACCAGAUCUUCAGGAACGUUUUCCUUCAAAUUGUCACUUCCAGUUCCAGCCAAGUAGGGACGUUGUGGCUCUAUAAUCUGAUCAAUAUCGGCUGUGAGCUUGCUGGGUAUUAUAUGGCGGCUCUCUUCAUGGAUCACAAAUUUUAUGGACGCAAAAGAAUGCAGGCUGUGGGGUUUAUCAUGUCCUUCAUCUUGUUCAUCAUCGCUGCAGCGCUCUACCCAGAGCUGGACGUCAAGGGUCCAGGAGGAAAGGCUUUUGAAUUUAUCUAUUUUUUCAGCAGUUUCUGGAUUCAGUUUGGACCCAACUCCACCACGUUCUUGGUGGCGGGUGAGGUGUAUCCUGCGCCCAUUCGAGCUACGGCGCAUGGGUUUAGCGCCGCAGUUGGCAAGUUGGGAGCUCUGACUGCAACUGUCAUCUACAACUACAUCGGAGGCAGAACCAAGUUUUGGGUUGUCAGCUGGUUUGGCCUUAUUGGCUUUAUUCUCACCAUCUUAUUUAUCCCCGAUACAACAGGUCUCGACCUUCGUGAACAAGAGCGAUACUGGCAUUUUGUUCGGGAAGGACGACCUCAGGAUUAUCACGGCAUCGCGAUCCAUCCCAGACAUCUCAGUUGGUUUGAACGAGUCGUCUUGAAACGGCACCAUCAGUAUAACCCGGAGUUGGAUCGUCUUGCUCGGAUCAAUGAGCUCAGAGAAUUGUACGAGAAGGUCGAGGGUGCCAAGGGCGUUGAAACAGAUGAUGAAAAAACUCUCCCGGGAACGAACCAGGCUGAUCUGGACGACAAUGUCAGCAGGUACUUUGACAUGGAGCGGCGAAGUGUGAAGAAGCCUAAUUUGUAA